UUGACACACGUUAAACGGCUGUCUGAAAGCGAAUUCGGUGUUUUUCCAACUAAAGUAACGUCAGCUGCUGUUUCUGUGAGAAUAAUUUUAACUAAAUAUUCGAUAAACAACUUCGCUUCCAGCUGUUUUGUUAAACGGAACGGGCAUUUAUUUCAAUUUAUAUUGACUAUUUGCUGAUAACGAUUUAGUGUUUCCAGUACAGGGCUAGUUGUUUUGGUUAGUUGUUACAGUUGGCGGUUUCUCCUGAAAUAGUAGCAGAAGACAUGCUAGCUUACAGCCAGUGAGGAAGGGGAUGUCGGACGGCAGGGUUAGCCUGAACGAAGCACAGGCAGGAGGACCAGAUGAGUACCCUGGUGGACCAAGAUGUCCUCCGGAGCCUUCGAGGUCUCCCUGCACGGACCAGCCAGACCUGCAGGGUCCGUCUGCUGUCAGCUUUUCCUCAGCUGAUCUCAGCCCAUCACCUGCUGAGCCCAGUGGUUUACUGUCGUUGCCAUGGGAGAUCCUAACUAAAAUCGCCUCCCAUCUUCCUGCUCAGUGUGUCAUCAACGAGCUGCCAAAGGUCUGUCAUGUCCUGGGCGCUGUGGCCAAGGACAGCACUGCUUGGCAGCUGCGAGCACAGAGACUAAUUGGGUCAAGAGCUCGAUUUCCAGUAGGGCCCAGGGAGGACUUUGACUGGCCUACUGCUUGCCUAGAGAUGGAGCAGCUGAUACGCUGCUGGACUGAAGAACAUGAAGCCAAGCAGAGCCGAGAAGAUGAGGAACACAGGAAUCUGGAACAGGGUAGGGGGGCAAAUGUGGGAGGACAGGAAGAUGCUGCAGAGGAAGUAGGAGUGGGUGCGGUGGCACAGGGAGUAGCUUAUGGUGCUAAUGUAGUAGUGGAAUUUGUAAUGAAGGAUGAAGAAAUGCAACCAGUUCUAGAUGACCAGAUGGCAAGGCUGAGAAUAGAGUUAGAGGACCGGCUGAAGGAUGGGGCUUUAAUAGAAGAUGGACGGGUGGCGGUGAAUGCUGAUGUGGGACAAGAGGCAGCUCUCCAUGGCCACAAUGUCUUCAUGAACCAGGAAAAUGGAGAACAGGCAGAAGGAAUGGAACACCAAGCAUCCACACAUCCGAGUGCACCUCCAGCAGUGGAGUGCAUCACCCUGCCUUCAAGCCACAUUGCCCUGGUCAACUCAGUCCUCCUGCUGGGUGGGGAGGGGGCCAUCUGUGCCACAGCCUCCAGGGACUGGAAUGUGAAACUAUGGGAUCUGCAGGCAGGCACCAAUGGGACGCUGCUGGACACACUGGUAAAGCGGGGGGAAUUCAGCACCCACCGGGGCUGGGUGUGGUGUCUGGCAUCUGAGGGGGCCCUGCUGGCCUCGGGGGGCUUUGAUAGCACAGUGAGGCUCUGGGACCUUCAGGCUGGAGGUGCAGACAGGGGCCUGAUCCAGACCGGAGCUGCCGUCCUCUGCUUGUCCUGUCAGACAGACGUGCUGCUGGCUGGUACUUUUGACAAGAUGAUCCGCAUGUAUGACACCAGAGCUGCUGAACCAUUGGUUAGAAGCCUUAAUUGCCAUGUCAGCGCCGUGAUGUGCCUCACUGCAGAUGACAAAUACAUCAUCUCUGGGAGCAAAGACCGCACUGUGGCUGUCUACGACCGCAGGGCGGGCAAAUACCUGCAGAAAAUUCAUCUGAACUCGUACCUGCUGUCCAUGAGCCACAGCGGUAAUGAAGUCUGGAUGGGAGACGGCCGAGGCAUGUUACAGUGCUUCUCCAUGCAGGCGGGGACAUUAAAACACCUGUUCCAGUUUGAUGUGGGACACAGUGCUGUGGUCACGGGCGUCCACAGUUCUCAGGGAAGCCUCUACACCUGCUCCACGGAUCGGACCGUCAAGGUUCACCUUCCUUCUGCACCUCCGAGGACUUUAUGUACUCUGCAUCAUCAAAAUAGCAUCCACGGGUUGAGCGCAAAGGCUGGAGUCCUGGCUGUGGCCUCUGGUGGAGUUGGUGUGGACAUCUAUCGACCCAGACAAUGAAAACUGAAGAGCUGCAGGAAUUUCUCAGCAGCGUUCUGACUCGAGCACAGAAAUGUGGAUCAAAAAAGAUCAUUCUGACUUCAGAUCCAGCCGUGGUGUUUUACAGGCUGGUUUCCUCUAGUAAUAUCUGAUAAUCGUCUAAAAAAACAAAUGUUAACAAGAUGUAUGUCACCCACAGAUGUUCCACUAAGUCCCAGUCUCAUUGUUUUCAUUCCUUUUAAAUGUACAUCUAAAGAUGUUUAUUUCUCUUGUGUUUCUACAGUUUUUUCAUGACUGAUGUGAUUUUAAGUUUUUUAGUGCAGAUAAAUGUUUUCUGGUGUUUCUGAAACAGUUCAAACUUUGUGUUUAAUGCGCGUCAGACAGCAUUAAAGUCAGACUUUAAGGUGUUUAUAGAUUUUAUGAAUUGUAUUUCAUUACAGAACACUUACAGGGAAUGUUUUCUGCGGCACAAUCAUUACACCAUUAAAAACAUCCAGUGUG